AUGUUCCCGGGAAAUCUUAGCUGUAGUGUGGUGCAGCCUGUAACGCAAGCGUCUUCAAAGCUGCAGCCUUUCAACAUUUCAUCCUCCUCCCGUCUUUUAACGAUUCCACUCUCACUCCAGAGUUCAUUAGGCCCGCCUUUCCUCCCAAUUCCUCCGUCUCCUCCCCUCUUUUUUCGCCAUCCCUUCUUCAAUGUUCUCACCCCUUUCAUUCUCUCCUUUUCUCUCCUCCUUUCUCUCCUAUCUUUUCUUCCUCGUAGCCCGACUCUCCAUCCCCGCCCUCUUCCCCCCAUCUCCAUCCCUGACGAACUUGACGACCUCCGUCUCUUCCACCGCGCCACUCUCCUUCCUCCGCCUCCUCCCACCUCUCUCUCCUCCUCCCCCAAAAUCGCUUUUCCUGUUUUUAACCACACCGACCUCCAUUUCGCCCCUCUUUGGAACCGUUUCUUCCGAGCCUCAAAAACUUCCCAUUACAACAUCUACGUCCACGCUGACCCCACCGUCAACAUAACUCGCCCCAGCGACACCGUUUUCUAUGACCGUUUCAUCCCAAACGCCAAGCGCACUUUCCGCGCUUCCGCAACGCUAAUCUCCGCCACCCGCCGCCUCCUCGCCACCGCCAUCCUCGACGAUCCUGCCAAUGCUUACUUCGCCGUCCUCUCCCAAUACUGCAUCCCUCUCCAUUCUUUCAAUUACAUCUACCGCUCCCUCUUCACCUCCAAAAACUUCGAUCUCAGCCCCAACUCGUCCGACUUGACUCAGUACGGUGUCCGAGUCAAGUACAAAUCGUUCAUCGAGAUCAUUUCCAAGGAACCCAGACUGUGGAAACGCUACGUAGCGCGUGGCCGUUUCGUGAUGAUGCCGGAGGUGCCUUUCGAGGAGUUCCGAGCUGGAUCGCAGUUCUUUGUGUUGACUCGGAAACACGCGUUGUUGGUCGUAAAAGAUCGGACGCUUUGGAGGAAAUUUAAGUUGCCGUGUUAUCGAGCCGACGAGUGUUACCCGGAGGAGCAUUAUUUCCCAACUUUGUUAUCAAUGCAAGAUCCGAAUGGGGUGACUCAGUAUACUUUGACUCGAGUUAAUUGGACCGGAACGGUGGCGGGUCACCCCUAUAUGUAUAAGCCGAAAGAAGUGUCGGCUGAGUUGAUUUAUGAGUUGAGGAAGUCGAAUUACUCGAGUUCUUACUUGUUUGCUAGGAAGUUCUCGCCGGAUUGUUUGAGACCCUUGCUGGGCAUUGCAGAUUCGGUCAUUUUCAGUGAUUGAGAUUGUUCCUGGUGAACAGAGUAUUUUGAGGAACCAGCUUGGAGCAGAAUUUGCAAAGGGGAAUAUGGUUUUGAAGAGGCGUAAAGUGCCCACAACCAAAGCAAACCCCAAAAGCUCCAACCUCUUUAGAGUCUUUAGAAACACAAGGGGAUCAAAAAUUCGAUACUAGUGGAAACAAAACAAAACAAAACCAAAAGAAAAGCGGCAAAAAAAAAGGGUGGUGCUUUUGUUAAAGUUGUAAGUUGAUGGUGUAACAAUAGCCAAAUAGUAGCAUUAGGUUUUUGUCAUUUUGUUGUGUGAUUUGUACAUAUUAUGUGUGAAAUACAAUGAAAUUGGAAUCCUUGUGAACCUUUUUGAGGAUGCCAGGGAAAAAGCAGUAAAUAAAAAGCGGGGGAAACUUAUGUCGUUA